UCCAUGGCCAGCAGCCGCCUGCAGCUCAGCACCUCGCUCGCCUUCUCCGACCUCACCGAGGAGCUGCUGGACGCCGGCACUGACGGGCUGCUCCGCGAGCUGGAGGACCUGCGCUCGGAGAACGACUAUCUCAAGGAUGAGAUCGAGGAGCUGCGUGCCGAGAUGCUGGAGAUGAGGGAUGUCUACAUGGAGGAGGAUGUCUACCAGCUGCAGGAGCUCCGGCAGCAGCUGGAUCAGGCCAGCAAGACCUGCCGCAUGCGCAAGGCUGAGCGCCGCAGCCUGCGCGUGGCCCAGACGGGCCAGGUGGAUGGUGAGCUCAUCCACAGCCUCGAGCAGGACGUCAAGGUUGCCAAGGAUGUCUCUGUGCGGCUCCACAACGAGCUGGAGGCAGUGGAGAAGAAAAGGAUCAGGCUGGAGGAGGAGAACGAGGACCUGCGCCAGCGGCUCAUUGAGACGGAGCUGGCCAAGCAGGUGGUGCAGAAUGAGAUGGACAAGCUCCGAGAGAAUUCCCUGAAGAAGCGAGGGUCUCGCUCCGUCGGGAAGACCGAGAAGAAGCCGUCGGUGCAGGAGGAUAGCGCGGACCUGAAGUGCCAGCUGCAUUUUGCCAAGGAGGAGUCAGCCCUGAUGUGCAAGAAGCUGACCAAGCUGGCCAAGGAGAAUGACGGCAUGAAGGAGGAGCUGCUGAAGUACAGGUCCCUGUACGGGGACCUCGACAGCUCCCUCUCCGUGGAGGAGCUGGCUGAUUCUCCCCAUUCCCGGGAGGCUGAGCUGAAGGUCCACCUCAAGCUGGUGGAGGAGGAAGCCAACAUCCUCAGCCGGAGGAUAGUGGAGCUGGAGGUGGAAAACCGUGGGCUGCGGGCGGAGAUGGAUGAUAUGAAGGGCCAGGGGGACAGAGAGCUGCCGGGGCAGGACACGCGGUUCCUGGCAGGCAUCUCGGGCUGCGGGGACACGGGGGACACGGUGGCGGAGCUGCGCCGGCACCUGCAGUUCGUGGAGGAGGAGGCUGAACUGCUGAGGCGCUCACUGCUGGAACUGGAGGACCAGAACAAGCUCCUCCUUAAUGAGCUGACCAAGUACAAGUCAGACCACGAGCUGGAUGUGACCAGCUGUUCGGUGGUCAGCGAGCCCUCGCAGGAGGAGCUGGCCACAGCCAAGGUGCAGAUCAGUGAGCUGAGUGGCAAGGUGAAGAAGCUGCAGUACGAGAACCGAGUACUGCUUUCCAACCUCCAGCGCUGCGACCUGGCCUCCUGCCAGACCACCCGGCCCAUGCUGGAAACCGAUGCUGAGGCCGGCGACUCGGCAGCAGCGAAGCCGAUGGGCAGGACAGUGCCUGGUGGUGGGAAGGUGCCUGAUGGUCCUGCCAAGCUGCUCAAACCCAAGGACCUGGAGACCUUGCUGGGCAUCCGGGACCAGGCGGCGCUCGUCAGCAAAGCGAUCGAUGUCUUGAUUUCGGAUGCCAACGGCUUCACCUCUGGACUGAAGGCUUGCUUGGACAACGAGUGCAUGGUGGUGGGGCGGCUGGGCGAGGCGGGGGGUAGCAGUGGCGAGAGCCCCAGCGAUGCCAAGCUGAUGAACGUGCUGCUCAUGCGGCUGGGCGUGCUGCAGCAGGACCUGGGCUGCUUCGCAAGGAAGGUGGACCACCUCACUGGUGGCCUCAAGGAGCACGCAGACUCCUUCCCCUUCUCUGGCGCCGGCAGCCACGACACCACCAAAGAGGGGCUGCAGAAGGAGCACGCUUCUGACUUCCAGCAGCCUGAUUUUAGGGACGCCGACCCUUACCGCAUCCCCCACGCCAAGGACUCGGACCCCACGCAUCCCCGGAGCUACAAAACCUGCCGGCCUGAGGAGAACGACUCCUACGCCACCGAGAUGAAGGAGCUGCAGCUGGUGCUGUCAGAGGCCAACGAGAGCCUGCGGGGACUGCAGGAGCAGCUCUCCCAGGAGCGGCAGCUGAGGAAGGACGAGGUGGACAACUUCUCACAGAAGAUCUGCCAGUUGAAGGAGGACCACCAGAAAGCACUGUUGCGGCGGGAGUUUGAGCUGCAGAGCCUGAAUCUGCAGAGGAGGCUGGAGCAGAAGUUCUGGAGCCAGGAGAAGAACCUGCUGGUGCAGGAGUCGCAGCAGUUCAGGCAGAGCUUCCUCCUGCUCUUCAUGAAGCUCAAGUGGUUCCUCAAGUGCUGGCGCCAGGGCAAGAUUGUGCACAGCGAGGGCGAGGACUUUUUGGAGGUGAACAGCAUGAAGGAGCUGUACCUGCUGCUGGAGGAGGAGGAGCUCGCCCCGCAGCAGCAGGCGGACAACAAGACGUGUGCCGGGGAUGCCUGGACCCCCAACACGCCCAACGAGUGCAUCAAGACGUUGGCGGACAUGAAGGUGACCCUGAAGGAGCUGUGCACGGAGCUGCGGGAGGAGCGGCGCGGUGCCAGCGAGCUGCAGCAGCAGUUCACCAAGGCCAAGGCUGCCUGGGAGAUGGAGCGUGCCGAGCUCAAGUGCCACAUCACCCAGCUGGAGUCAAAGGCAGGCAAAGGGAUCACAGAGCGUGCGCUGCCGGACUGGAAGGUAGCAUUGAAAAGGGAGCGCAUGAAAAGGGAGCGGGAGGAGCACCAGCAUCUCCUAGCCGAGUCUUACAGUGCCGUCAUGGACCUCACCAAGCAGCUGCAGAUCAGCGAGAAGAACUGGAACCAGGAGAAGGUGGCGCUGCUGGCCCGCUUCAAGGAGGAGCAGCAGCAGGCAGAGCAGCAAGCGAAGGACCUGCAGAACAAAAUCAACCAG